UUAUCUAAAUCUUUCAAGAGAAAAACAAAAAUGAUUCCAUCUUUUGAGAAAACUUUGACAAAAUCAUAUGUCCGUAAUGAUGACUUUAUUCUUCCAAACAGUAUAUCGGAGGAACUUCCAGAUUAUGAAUGUGAAGCCAUCGUAGUUUUUCAUCCCCGUGCAUUCAGGAUGACAUUCAAAAUUGGCGCUUACAGGCGCCUUUAUAAAGGCUGGAAACAUUUUAUUGAUACCAUGGAUCUCAAGGAAGGAGACACCCUGUGUUUCCAAAUUUGCGAAACCAACACUGGUGUUGGCUUUAUUGUUGAAAAGAAACCAGAGAUCGUUGAUGUAGAUUAGUUUUUUUUUUUUUUGAAGAAAUUAAUGAUCCUCAUAGUAUAGGAUCAUUGUAUCUUUUUUUUUUAUAAUAUUAAUGAAAGAAGUUUAUUUCUUUUUUAUUUUAUUUGUUGUUUUAUUUCCAUUUUUUAUGAGUGAAGCCAUUUUUAGUAUAUAAAUCAAAUUAACAACAGAGUAAAGAAUUCAGUUAUGCCUCAAGGCUUAAAUUGUAUUAAACUUAUGCCUUA